AUGUCUCAGAUACUCUCAUAUUAUAUAACCUUUGGAAGAAAACCAAACCCUCGAGAGCCGGGGUGGGGGGGGCGGGGGCGAGGUCAGGACCGGGGUCAGAGCGAGCGCCGGGGGCAGAGGGGAGGAGGGAGGAGGGAGCCGGCGCGGGGUGGGGGGGCCCGCGAGCUCUGCUCUCCAGUUGCACGGGCCCUCAUCGCUGACUUCCUGUCGGGGCCGGUGCAUUGUGGGGCCGAUACCUGGGGCUCCCUGGAGCUGCGGGUGAUGGGAAAGGCUUUCAUCCGGCCCUUCCGGGAGCAUCACGUUGACCCCACCGCCAUCACCCGGCACGACUUUGUUGAGACCAAUGGGGACAACUGCCCAGUGACGCUGCUGCCUCUGGUGAACGUGGCCUGCAAGUUCAGCGCCCUAAGCCCGGAUGAACUUUAUCAGCUCUCUCCCUGCAAGUGUUUUGUCUUCUGCCCCGUCAUCUUUGGGACCCUCACCAACCAAAUUCACAAAAGAUCUCAAGCCUAUGUUGGGCUUCCCCGAUGGGUCACUUUCUUCCAAGACUGGCACAUCAUCUUACCCAGAGAGCACCACCGAAUCCACCAUGUGUCCGCCCAUGAGACCUACUUCUGUAUCACCACAGGCUGGCUCAAUUACCCAUUGGAGAUGAUUGGAUUCUGGAGACGGUUAGAGGAUAUUGUCCAAGGACUAACUGGAGAAGAGCCCAGGGCAGAUGAUAUGAAAUGGGCCCAAAAGAUAAAGUAG